AUGCAGUUUAUGCCCAGUGGAAAAACGAGAUUAUCAUUCGAACGGGAUUUCGGCAUAUCAACAGGCCAGCAAAUUGAUGACAAUUGUACCUUUACAUACAAUAGUACAGAUCGAAUAUCAGGGUGGUUUGGUUCACCGAAUUUUCCUGGCUACUAUCCACAGAAUAUGAUAUGUCAUUACUACUUUUAUGGAAAAGCUGACGAAAGGGUCAUUAUACGAUUCACUUUCUUCGAUGUUGAGGGUAUUGGAACCUGCGAAUAUUUGACAGCUAGUGAUUAUGUAGAAUUUUCAAAUUUCAUGAGCACCGACCGUAAAUAUGGAAAAUACUGUGGCAAGCGAGAUAAAUUUGAGGUACGCUCCGACGGACGUUUUUUCCGGGUAUCUUUUUAUUCAAAUGAUCGCUUUGACAAGACUGGCUUUCGCGCUUUGUAUGAUUUCGAAGGAAAAAAUUUGCGUGUAGAAAAUACUUCAAUGCAGAGUUAUGUAUCUAAUGCCAAAGGUCUUUUGAGUUUAAAUCCAAGACACAAAGUAGUAUUUGCUAUGCCACUGGCAUUUAACUUUAUGCGUUAUUGCUUAAUAAAUAAAUUUAAUUUUUAA